AACAUUUAAUUGUUUUAGAUUGAGUUUUUCAUAGACUUUUACGUAUACUUAGAGAAAUCUGCAUUAAAAUGACGUUUUUAUCAUCACUGAUGCUUUGUUGUUGUUUGUUAGUGACUUUAUCUUAUUUGGCGUCUGGAGCUGGUGUUUUUAGACCUGCUCCGUUAGAUUGUCCAGAAAAUGAAUUUUAUGCUUGCGGAUCAGCUUGUCAAACUACAUGCGCCACACUUGGUCAACCAUGCCCCAUUAUUAAUAUAAGAUGUAAUGAUGCCUGCUACUGUGUCCCAGGAUUUGCACGUGAUUCAACCGGACGUUGUAUUCUGAUUGAAAAGUGCCCUUAAAAUAGUUAAUAGAGAAAGAAAUAAAAAAAUAUGAAAAUAUCGCUAAAAAUAAGAUUGCCUUCAAAAAAAAGAAAUAAUGAUAAAUAAUGAAUAUUAAAUACAUUAUGAGAAAUGGUGGUUAAAUUGUGAGGAAAUAUAAAUUGCGAAGUAUAAAUCUUAUUAAAC